GUUGGAAGAAAUUCGAAGUUGGGGGACAUCAUUUGAUAAGUUGAUGAAGAGUGCAGCCGGUCGUAAUGUAUUUCGAGAUUUCUUGCGGUGCGAAUACAGUGAAGAAAACAUAUUAUUUUGGUUGGCCUGCGAAGAGCUUAAAAAAGCGUCCAAUUCCGAGGAAGUCGAGGAAAAAGCACGUGUUAUCUAUGAAGAAUACAUUUCCAUACUAUCACCAAAAGAGGUGAGUUUGGACGCGAGAGUUCGGGAGCAAGUUAAUAAAAGCAUGGUUGCUCCGACUCCCCACAUAUUCGACGAGGCACAACUUCAAAUUUACACUCUCAUGCACAGAGAUUCGUAUCCGAGAUUUGUAAAUUCUUCAAUGUACAAGGAACAAGCACAGUUAACGAACGGAAACGAACAAUGUGGGACGGGGACGGGAAAUGUGGGAGGAAAAGACAACAGUGCGUGUUGA